AUGGAAGUGACUGAAGCAAUCCCUUCUGUCAGAGCUCAUGCAGACCUUCCAGACAAUGGGAGACAUAUUAGACAGGAAAAUACAACAAGGAUCUUUGAAUUUAUCCUCUUGGGACUUUCUGAACGACCAGAUCAGCAGAGACUGAUUUUUGGGCUUUUCCUGUUCAUGUACCUGAUCACCGUGGUGGGGAACCUUCUCAUCAUACUAGCCAUUAGCUCAGACUCCCACAUCCAAAGCCCUAUGUAUUUCUUCUUAGCCAACCUGUCCUUUGCAGACAUCUGUUUUACAUCAACUUCUAUCCCCAAGAUGCUGGUGAACAUUGAGUCCCAGCAUCAGACCAUCUCUUAUGUUGGAUGUAUCACCCAGCUAUACUUCCUUCUUACAUUUGGGGGUUUGGACAACCUCCUCCUUGCUGCAAUGGCCUAUGACCGCUAUGUGGCUAUCUGCCGUCCCCUUCACUAUGCCACAGUCAUGAGCCCCAAGCACUGCAUGCUGAUGCUGACUGUGUGCUGGACUCUGACCAAUAUUCCUGCCCUGACACACUGCAUCCUGCUGGCCCACCUGGACUUCUGUACCCAUCAUGCCAUCCCCCACUUCUUCUGUGAUAUUAGUCCCCUGCUAAAGUUGGCAUGCUCAGAUGCCCACUUAAAUGAAUUGAUGGUAAUCAUUCUGGGAGCAAUAUUCCUCAUUGUUCCCCUUGCCCUCAUUGUCCUCUCCUAUGCCCACAUCACCUCUGCUAUCCUUGGUUUCUCUUCUCCUGAAGGUAGAUGGAAAGCUUUCUCCACCUGUGGGUCCCACCUCACUGUCGUCUUACUCUUUUAUGGUUCCUUAAUUGGUGUGUAUUUAUUUCCAUCAUCAAGCUCCUCUGUUCAAAGGAAAAAUGCAGCUGCUGUCCUCUACACAUUGGUGACCCCCAUGAUGAACCCAUUCAUCUAUAGCCUGAGGAACAAAGACAUAAAAGGGGCACUGGGGAGGCUUCUUGAAAAAGAAGUUUUCUCCUAA